AUGAGUGAGAUAAUUACUGUCGAUUAUCUUGUUGUUGGUGCAGGAGCCAUGGGAAUGGCUUUCGUCGACACCUUGUUCACCGAUAAUAAGGACGCAACGUUCGCUAUUGUUGAUCGCUACAACCGCCCAGGUGGUCACUGGAAUAAGGCCUAUCCUUUUGUCCGCCUCCACCAGCCAUCUAACUUCUACGGCGUCAAUUCCAGAGACCUUGGUGAAGACAAGAUUGACAUGACUGGCUGGAAUAGCGGUUUGGCAGAGCUUGCAAGCAGCGAUGAGAUCCUGGCCUAUUAUACGCGGAUCCUAACGCAACAACUCCUACCAUCUAACCGGGUCACUUACUAUCCACUUUGCGAAUAUACUAGUGGUGGCGAGUUCUACUCCACUGUCACCGGGAAGAAGUAUUCUGUCGGAAACAAAACUCGGAUUGUCGAUGCCACCUUCAUGCGUGUGAAGGUCCCUUCUAUGAGCCCGCCUGUCUAUAGUGUUGCGGACGAUGUGAAACUUGUUACACCAAAUGAGUUGGCUCAAGUCUCUCGGCCUUAUGCUAAUUAUACUGUUGUUGGUGCUGGCAAGACUGGCAUCGAUGCCUGCCUGUGGAUGCUAAGCAUGGGCAUUGAUCCAUCAAAAAUCACGUGGAUCAUGCCACGCGACUCUUGGAUGUGGGAUCGAAGUUUCUUCCAGCCCGCGGAAUCAUCUGUCCAGGUACAGAAGACACAAGAGGUCAUGCGACUAGGGGUCGAAGCGACCAUGGCCGCCACAUCCGUAGAUGACUGGUUCAAACGUCUAGAAGCAUCCGGGGUCAUGCUGCGCGUAUCUAAGGACGUCUGGCCUACCAUGUUUCGCUGCGCUACAGUAUCUUUCGCGGAAUACGAACAGAUUAAAAAGAUCAAGAAUAUCGUCCGCAUGGGCCGGGUGAAACAGAUCACUACGAGUCAGGUGACUCUGGAACGCGGUGAAUUCAAUCCUGUGCUUGAUACGCUCUAUAUCGAUUGUACGGCUGAUGGGCUGAAGGGAUACGAGCCGGUUCCCGUAUUCAACGGCAAAAACAUCACUCUUCAGGCUGUCCGCACCUGCCAGCAAGUAUUUAGUGCCGCCUUGAUUGCCCAUGUCGAGGCUGUGUACGAUGAUGACGAAAGGAAAAAUUCUCUCUGCCGCCCGAUAUCGCACCCUAGCAAAUCUACUGACUGGCUUAGAACCAGAGUCCAAGAUCUUGAAAAUACGUCAUUAUGGAGGACAGAGCCAAAAAUGGUCAUCUGGUUGAGCCAAUCACGCCUUAAUAUGUUCAAGAACUUGCAACCAGCGUUGCCAGAUGAUCCCGAAAAGCGGCAGCUCGUGUUGCAAGCAAUGCAUGAAAAGGAGGUACCGUACAUUAACAAGAUGCGAAACCUUCUUGACGAUCAUGAAGCGGGAAAUGUAAAGGUGGAAUAG